AUGACGGUCACGCUCGAUGACAUCUCGUGUCUGCUGCAUCUUUCAAUCAGAGGGAGAUUCUUGAAUCAUGAGAGGAUCGGUAAGGAGGAUGUGUUGGUUGAGAUGUUGGGUGUUACCCCUGAGAGUGGCCUGGAAGAGAUUGAUAAAACCCGAGGUAGUCACGUCAGGUGCAGUUAUUUGGCUCGGGUGUUCGAGAAGGAGGUACAGUGUGCACGAGAGGCCGAUGGUGAUGCCGAGCAGGGAUGGAUCCUACAGCACUUCCCCUGCAUCUCGGGUUGGUCACUUGUGGAGGGUUAUACUGAAGAUAAGCCUCGUGCCUGCGCAUACGACCCCCUCCGAGGGAACCAGGCGAUAGAGUCGUUCCGGUUGUACAUUGACCGACUGACACAUGAGGACGUAUACUUCUCUUCAUACGAAGACCACUGUGAGACGAUACCAUUUGACGAUGCGUCGCUGUUUAAAGGUUGGUUGGCUUGCAGGAUUCGCAAGACGACUGUCUAUAUGCCUAAGCGGGUGAUGCGUCAGUUUGGGUUCACCCAAACUAUUCUCUGGAAUCCUGCUGUAGUUCCUCCUCCGACGGUGAGACAGAGGGAUAUGAAUGAGCUUUUUGAUGAUUUUGAGAAUCAUCUUGUUCUUGAGGAGGCCAGAAAUAUAGUGCCAGUUUAA